GUUCUGCCCUGACCCGGAGACGUGCAAGCAGAACUGCGCGGUUGAAGGGGUAGACGCCAAGGGCUACAAGAAGAACUAUGGCGUCCGUCAGAUGUUUGGCAAGAGCGACGAUGAUGACGACGACGAUGAUGAUGAUGACGAUGAGGAGGAUGAUGAUUCCGAUGCCGAUGCGAAGGAUGCUGACGGCGAGCCCAUCGGCGUGAAGCUCGACUUCUCGACAGAGGGCGGCAACGUCGGCUCCCGGCUCUACAUCAGGGAUACGGAGCAUUCCUACAAGAUGUUCAAGCUUCUGAACCGGGAGUUCACCCUCGAUGUCAAUAUGAAGAAGCUGGGCUGCGGAACCAACGGGGCAGUCUACUUCAUUGAGAUGGACCCCUUUGGCGGCAUGGGCCGCGACGGCAACGCAGCGGGCGCCAAGUUCGGAACAGGUUACUGUGAUGCGCAGUGCCCGCAUGAGAAGUUCGAGACCAACACCUCCAUGGGCAUUUGCUGUGUGGAGAUGGACAUCUGGGAGGCCAACAAGAGAGCUACCGCCUAUACGCCGCACCCAUGCAGCACAGUGGGACCGGAGAGGUGCUAUGGCAACAUUGAGUGCGGCUAUGGGGAGAAUGGGGAGCGCUGGAAGGGCCUUUGUGACAAGGAUGGCUGCGACCUCAACACCUACCGCAUGGGCGCCACGGACUUCUACGGUCCCGGAAAGGGCUAUGAGGUGGACUCCAAGAAGCCAAUGACCGUGGUCACUCAGUUUCUCACUGACGAUGGCACGGACACUGGGAAGCUGGUGGAGAUCCGCCGUCUUUACGUGCAGAAUGGCAAGCUCAUCGGCAACGCCGAGUCCACGAUUCCAGGUGUGAAUGGCAGCGCCAUCACCGACAGCUUCUGCAACGCUCAGAAGAUUGCUUUCGAGGACUAUGACCACCACCAGGAGAAGGGUGGGCUUGCUUCCAUGGGAGAGGCACUGGCCAGGGGGCUGGUUCUCUCCGUGUCGGUCUGGGAUGACUAUUCCACCCACAUGGCAUGGCUCGAUGCCCGGUUCCCGCCUGCGGAGGACCCUGCCGAACGCCUUGGUGUUAUUCGCGGCCCAUGCAACGCCAGUGAUGACGGCCCUGCAGAGGUGCGACCCAAGCACAAGAAGGCGUGGGUGAAAUACUACAACUUCCGGUACGGAGAGAUCGGAUCUACUUACCAAGACAAGGUGGAUCGACGGCUCGAGGCCGUGCACGUAUAG